AUGUAUCCAAAGAAAUGGUUGGACGACGCAGAAAUAGUUAAAUUUCCUUACAACAUAUUUUCUGGUAUUACUUAUAUCAAUAAAGGUGCUUCGGGACAAGUUUAUAGAGCCAAAUGGAAGAGCGAUAUGGAUGUAGCAUUGAAAGAAAUUAUGAAAAAGACGAAAAAAGAUGACGGUGAAGUUAUGAAACAAUUUGUCCACGAGUUUAGAUCACAUAGUCAAGUUGAUGGCCAUGAAAAUAUUUUGAAUAUUUAUGGGAUAACGCAAAAUCCUAAAUCGGGAAAUUAUUCAUUGGUUUUACAAUUCGCUAACCACGGGACGCUCCAUGAAUAUUUGUCUGCAAAUGUUGAUAAAUUGGAUUGGACAAAAAAGUUAGGUUUAGCAUAUCAGCUUGCUAGUGGCAUACAAGCAUUGCAUAGUAAAGGAAUAAUUCAUCGAGACUUGCAUGCGGGAAAUGUUCUUAUAGUCGAUGAUAAUAUUAAGAUUUCGGAUUUUGGAUUGUCAAAAUCUAGAGAAAAAGUUUAUGGAAAAAUUAGAUAUACAGAUCCCAGAUGUCUCGAGCACCCCAAAAACGAGAAAUCGGACAUUUUUAGUUUAGGAAUUUUGUUAUGGCAAAUCUCAAGUUGUAGACCACCAUACGAAUGGAUUGAAAAUGAUCAGGAUGUUUAUCUGUCUGGUGAAAGAGAAACUAAGGUUGAUGGAACUCCUGAAGAGUACUUUGAUUUAUGCACUAGAUGUUGGGACUCAGACCCAGAUAAUCGACCAGAUAUCAAAUCUGUUGUUGAAUAUCUUGACAAACUAAGGGAACAACAUUAUACUGUACCAACUAUUAUACAAAAAUCCACGAACGAACACUUACAAAAUGCUUCGACAGAUUGUAAUCAUAGCAGUGGAGCGUAUCACGAUUUUAAAUUUAACGAUCUUAUGAAUGAACAAGAUCUGCUUAUGAAGCAAAAUAUGGGUAACACUAGUGAUAGUGAUAAAUAUAUCAGUGAUUCUAACACCAACAACAAUAACAAUAAUGACGACAUAAUUAACAUUUUUAACGUGAAUAGUUUUGACAAUUCUAGUAAUGCCGAUACUUAUUAUAAUUCAUCCUUACAUUCCAUUACAAUGAUCGACCCAUCUCCUCCCAAAGAUAAUAAUUCUAAAUUCAUUCGCAAUGAACAAUCAAAAACUUGUUUACAAUAUGCAAGCAAUUCAACCCAAAGUUGCACACCUAUAAUUCUUACAAGUUGUCCUGUUGAUCGAUUUGGUGAAAUUUCUGAUUUAACAAAAUGGAAUCUUAUUUCAGCAAAUCCAUCUCAGCCAUUAUCAAAUUCGACUGAAAUUUUCAUUGAAUCCUUAGAUAACAAAUUAUGCCUUACCACCCAAUCCAAUUCUGCUGUGCAAGCUUGUCCUUGUGAUAAUGGGGUCACUCAAAAAUGGAAACUGAAUAGUGAUGAUACUUUCACGAGCAGCUCAAAUAAUGGAAAAUGUUUAACAAUGUUAGCUGAUAAUUUAGGCUUGGAUACUUGUCAAAAUAAUUCUACACCUAUGUCAUGGAAAACUUAUAAUGUUGCUCCUAAUGCUGUUAACAUUUAUAUUAAUCCAUUAUUUAGUGGAAAUGCUACCCAAUUAGUUGUAGAUCAAUAUACAUCGAAAACUCUCCCAACAAGCAUUUUCAAAUCACCAUUUUCACUUGAGAUUCCACCCGGUUUUCUAUUUGAGAUUGAUUCGGGAGGAAGCGAUCCCAUAAUUUAUGAUUCUGAUAUUGCUCAAGCUGAUCCUAUAAAAUUAUUAACUUCUACAAUAAUUGUCAAGUUAAAGUCUGGAGUGGUUAUUUAUGAACAACCUGCAUAUUUUGGUAACAGUGAGUUUUUUGAAGUUGGUGCUUCAGAAACAACUACUCAAACAAAAGCUAUUAUGAUUGGUUCGGUUAUGGUACCUGAUGGUUUUCGUGGUGUUGUGUGGCAAUCCUCUAAUUUCUCUGGUACAAAUCUUGGUUUAUUUGAACCUGUUGCCAAUUUUACUGGUGUGUCCGUUGCUACUAAUCAAGCACCAGCUGGCAGUUUCGAUAUAUCUUCAGCAUCAUGUACAAAUGAAUGUGGUUCAGGUGGUUUUUGUAAUGAGAAAAAAACAUGUGUUUGUAAGAAUGGUUUCACUGGUGAAAAAUGCGAUCAAUGUUUACCUGGUUUUUUUGGACCAAAUUGUCAAGAUGGUUUAUCUGGUUCAGGAGCUUGCAAAUGUAAGGAUGGAUUCACUGGUGAAAAAUGCGAUCUAUGUUUGCCUGGAUUUUUCGGCACAAAUUGUCAAGCAUGUAAUUGUGGAAACGGUACUUGUGAUGAUAAAGGAGCUUGUUCAUGUAAUGCUGGAUGGGCCAAUGAUCCAAAUGAUCCCAAGAAACUAUGUUCAACUUGUGAUACUGGUUUUUUUGCUUCAGGAGAAGAUUGCAAAGUUUGUUCAUCGGGUUGUAAUUCAUGUGAAGCACAAACUGGUAAAUGUACAGUAUGUAAACCAUCACUUGCUUUAAGUACUGAUGAUGCAACAAAAUGCGUUCCUGCAGCAAAUAGUUGCACAGCUGGCCAAUAUUUCGACUCAGCAUCACAACUAUGUCAACCAUGCAACACCCAAUGUCAAACUUGUUAUGGUCCCGGUCCUGGAGACUGUUUAAAAUGUCUACCACCUUUAAGUUAUUUUAAUGGUGGAUGCCUUCCACAAAAACCUACUAAUGAUGGUAAAUGUCAACUAAACGUUGCUACGCAGCAAGCAUUUUUCAUUGAUAAUUCGCAAGGUGCAUGUGAAGCUUGUCCAAGUUCUUGCACCGAUUGUUCUAUACAAGGCUAUACUCCACAAAGUCCAAAGGAGAGCAUGACUUGUUCCAAAUGCAUGCCAGGCUUCGUUUUAGACAAUGGUAAAUGUGUUAAAACUUGUUCAUCCAACAAAUUUGCUGACAAAGAUAUGACGUAUUGUAAUUCCGCAUGCAAGUCAUGUAGUGGGCCUCUUGAAAAUCAAUGUUUAUCAUGUUCAAAUUCCGCUAAUUUUGCUAUUAAUGGAGUAUGUUCACCAACGCCAUGUCCAUCGUCCUACGUGUCUUUAAAUACAACAUGUACAAAAUGUCAUCCAGAUUGUGCAGAAUGUUCAGGACCUGGUAUCAAUCAGUGUACAAAAUGUCCAUCAAACAGACCAGUGCUAACCAAAGAUGGGCAAUGUAUAGAAGUUUGUCCAAUGGGAACAUACCUUGAUAGUACUGGCAAAUGUCAACAAUGUAAUAAAAAAUGUUCAUCAUGUGUUGGUCCAGAUGCUAAUCAGUGCCUUGGUUGUUCAAAUCAGUCAAAUGUAUUGAUUGAUGGUUCUUGUAAUAGCUCAUGCCCCCCGGGUACCAAAUUAAUAAAAAGUGAAAGAUUAUGCCAGAACGAAGAAAAUAAUCAAUUGGUGCCACCUCAGCCAGCUGCUAAUAGUGGUAAUGAUACAGCGCAAGAAAAAAAGGGACUAGAAUGGUGGCACAUUCUAAUAAUAAUUCUUUCAAUAAUCAUAUUCCUGGUUGGUAUGGUGCUGUUGAUCAGAUAUUUGGCCGUUAAGAGAAGGAAGAAACAAACGGAUGAGUUCAAGGAAGCGUUGGAUGAGAACCAUGUGAAAAAACAAGUGAGAAAUUUGUAUGAGAUCGCACCCAGGUUGUUAAAGAAGAAAAAAAACAAGAGUCAUAGAAACUCCCAAUUGGCUGAACUUGAACCAGCAUAUUCGACAAACCCAAAAGAAUUUAAACAAAUUGACAUUGAUGUUGAUGGAAGUAUAGGAAAUUAUAACGCAACGACUUCUCAAAUUUUUAACACUCCACCACCAUAUGAUCCAAAAGCUGGUGAAAUGUAUUGGAAAAAUAAUGAAUAUGUUUUAAAACGAGCACCACCAACAACUGGCCAAACUGUUGCAAAUGAUGUUUAUUAUAAUGGUGGUAGCAGUGGUACUAGUGAAAGUAAUAGUGGAAAUUGGAAUGGUAAAAUUGAUGGAAAAAGUUCAAAUUGGGGAGAUAAUUGGAUAUAA